AGACCGUCCUGCGCAGAGGAAGAAGAAAUGUCACAAAAUAAGGGGCGCUGAGCUAAAGCCUCCAGAAAAGAAGCCCCAGUAAAAUCUGUGUCAUUCAGCAAACUUCCUCUGAGAAAGAUCACAACAGGACAAAGUAGGGCAGUUUUCUUGUCUCGUAAGAGAAGGCAGUGGCAUAAUGAAGAAGCAGCUUAUCACCCACCUUGUAGGCUUUUGCUGGCUCAUCUGCUUCAAGGGGACUCAGCAUUUCUCCAGCGCUGUGAACAGGUGCGACGAUCCAAUGCUGUGCCCUGAUUAUGCAACGUGCAUCAAUGCUCGUCAGGGCUACUACUGCACCUGCCAACGUGGGUUUGUAUCCACUUCGGGGGCCACGGAGUUCACCGAUCCAGCCGUCCGCUGCAAUGCUGAUGCGUGUGCAGCUUCAUCUGUCUGUCCGGCUUUUGCAACCUGUGAAAACAUCCCUGGGAGCCACCGCUGCGCCUGCAAACGUGGGUUUGCAUCUAGCUCUGGGGAGCAGUACUUCACUGAUCGAAAAGUGAAGUGCAACGAUAUUGACGAAUGUUCCCGGGACCCAUCGCCCUGCGGGCCCAGCUCCGUGUGCACCAACACCCUGGGCAGUUACGCCUGCACGUGUCCCCCGGGCUACCUCCCCCCCAGCCAGCCUGGCAUCCCGUUCAGCUGCACAGAUGUGGAUGAAUGUGCCCGAAACCCUGCAAUCUGCGGGCCCAAUGCCUCCUGCCUCAACACACCUGGGAGCUACACCUGCCAGUGCUCACCAGGGCACCGUCGGUCUACGCCAGGGCCGUGGGUACCCGGAACAACCCUCUGCACAGAUGUCGACGAGUGUCUGGAUCUGGCAUCGUGCCCUGCGUCCGCCACCUGCACCAACACCCCAGGAAGCCACUUCUGCACCUGCAAUACCGGGUUUGCAUCCAGUUCUGGGGAGCAGCGCUUCACCCAGCCAGCAGCGCAGUGCAACGAUAUUGACGAAUGUUCCCAGGACCCAUCGCCCUGCGGGCCCAGCUCCGUGUGCACCAACACCCUGGGCAGUUACGCCUGCACGUGUCCCCCAGGCUACCUCCCCCCCAGCCAGCCUGGCAUCCCGUUCAGCUGCACAGAUGUGGAUGAAUGUGCCCGAAACCCUGCAAUCUGCGGGCCCAAUGCCUCCUGCCUCAACACACCUGGGAGCUACACCUGCCAGUGCUCACCAGGGCACCGUCGGUCUACGCCAGGGCCGUGGGUACCCGGAACAACCCUCUGCAGAGAUGUCGACGAGUGUCUGGAUCUGGCAUCGUGCCCUGCGUCCGCCACCUGCACCAACACCCCAGGAAGCCACUUCUGCACCUGCAAUACCGGGUUUGCAUCCAGUUCUGGGGAGCAGCGCUUCACCAAGCCAGCAGCGCAGUGCAACGAUAUUGACGAAUGUUCCCGGGACCCAUCGCCCUGCGGGCCCAGCUCCGUGUGCACCAACACCCUGGGCAGUUACGCCUGCACGUGUCCCCCGGGCUACCUCCCCCCCAGCCAGCCUGGCAUCCCGUUCAGCUGCACAGAUGUGGAUGAAUGUGCCCGAAACCCUGCAAUCUGCGGGCCCAAUGCCUCCUGCCUCAACACACCUGGGAGCUACACCUGCCAGUGCUCACCAGGGCACCGUCGGUCUACGCCAGGGCCGUGGGUACCCGGAACAACCCUCUGCACAGAUGUCGACGAGUGUCUGGAUCUGGCAUCGUGCCCUGCGUCCGCCACCUGCACCAACACCCCAGGAAGCCACUUCUGCACCUGCAAUACCGGGUUUGCAUCCAGUUCUGGGGAGCAGCGCUUCACCCAGCCAGCAGCGCAGUGCAACGAUAUUGACGAAUGUUCCCAGGACCCAUCGCCCUGCGGGCCCAGCUCCGUGUGCACCAACACCCUGGGCAGUUACGCCUGCACGUGUCCCCCAGGCUACCUCCCCCCCAGCCAGCCUGGCAUCCCGUUCAGCUGCACAGAUGUGGAUGAAUGUGCCCGAAACCCUGCAAUCUGCGGGCCCAAUGCCUCCUGCCUCAACACACCUGGGAGCUACACCUGCCAGUGCUCACCAGGGCACCGUCGGUCUACGCCAGGGCCGUGGGUACCCGGAACAACCCUCUGCAGAGAUGUCGACGAGUGUCUGGAUCUGGCAUCGUGCCCUGCGUCCGCCACCUGCACCAACACCCCAGGAAGCCACUUCUGCACCUGCAAUACCGGGUUUGCAUCCAGUUCUGGGGAGCAGCGCUUCACCAAGCCAGCAGCGCAGUGCAACGAUAUUGACGAAUGUUCCCGGGACCCAUCGCCCUGCGGGCCCAGCUCCGUGUGCACCAACACCCUGGGCAGUUACGCCUGCACGUGUCCCCCGGGCUACCUCCCCCCCAGCCAGCCUGGCAUCCCGUUCAGCUGCACAGAGGUCGCUUCAAACGAUCCGGUGAGGAAAUGCCACAACCAAAGGCUGGACGUGGCUCCCGGCUCAUCCCCAGACGAUGCUGCCUUCUGCACUUUAUUGACCUCCACCUUCAGCGUCUUGGGAGACCCCUACGAAAGGAAGAACUCCACCGUCUCUCUGGUGAAAGCCGCUGCGGGAUUUGCCUCCAUCCUGGAGCAGACGCCCUCCUGGUCCAACCUGAGCAUGGAGCAGCUCUCUACCAUGGCCACCGUCUUCCUGCAGAGGGUGGAGAGCGUCCUGCUGGCUGCCUUCGCCAACCCCACCAGGAAGGGGAGCCAGACCAUCCAGAUGGAACAACUGGAUGUCCAGACCAAAGUCAUUGAGGACGGCUGCCCCGGAAAGGACUCAGUCAUCAGCCUGGAAGUCAAAGGGGAGACCAUGAAGAUUAGCUGCAGAACGAUCCAGGGAACAGUGGCACAAGCCCGGGCUGGAGUGGCGUUUGCCUCCUACAUGGGCAUGGAGUCCAUCCUGAAUGGCAGCUUCUUCCAUGGCCAAAGGGCCACCUCAGUCUGGAUGAAUUCCAGGGUGGUGAGUGCCGUCCUGACCAGCCAGACCAAGACCGAUUUCCCGGAUCCAGCCAACUACACCUUCCAGAACCUCAUGCCAAGCAGCAGCCCUGACCAGCUCAUCUGCGUCUCGUGGGAGGCCACGGCCUGGCGUGGCAGCUGGUCUCGGGCAGGGUGCGGGGUCCUGCACAGCAAUGCCACUCACACCACGUGCAGCUGCAAUCGCGUCUCCAACCUGGCCGUCCUCAUGGCAUCGGGGGAGAUAACGGCAGGCUUCCCACUGUUCCUCGUCUCCCACGUCGGGCUGGCCCUCUCCCUGCUGUGCCUCUUCCUCACCAUCCUCACCUUCCUCUUGAGCCGCUCCAUCCGCAACGUGAACACCUCCAUCCACCUGCAGCUCUGCCUCUGCCUCUUCCUGGCCGACCUGCUCUUCCUCACCGCGGUGGACAGUCCCAGCCAUCAGCUGGCGUGCGCCAUCAUCGCCGGCCUCCUGCACUACCUGUUCCUGGCCUGCUUCGCCUGGAUGUUCCUGGAGGCCGUGGUGCUCUUCCUCACCAUCCGCAACCUCGGGGUCGUCAACUAUUUCAGCACCCACAGCCCCAAGAUGUGGCACCUAAGCCUCUUCGGCUACGGCUUCCCCACCCUGGUGGUGGCUGUCUCGGCGGCGGUUAUGCCCCAGGGCUACGGCAGGCAGGAAAACUGCUGGCUCAGCAUGGAGAAGGGGUUCAUCUGGAGUUUCCUGGGACCGGUGUGUGUCAUCAUCGGGAUUAAUUCCGUCCUUUUUGCCUUAACCCUCUGGAUGCUGCAGAGAAAGCUUUCCAGGCUCAACACUGAUGUGUCCACCCUCAAGGACACCAGGCUACUGACCUUUAAAGCCAUCGCCCAAGUCUUCAUUCUGGGCUGCACGUGGAUUUUCGGUAUCCUUCAAGUCGGCCCAGCUGCCACUGUCAUGGCGUAUUUAUUCACCAUCGUCAACAGCCUGCAGGGAGCCUUCAUCUUCCUGGUGCACUGUCUCCUCAAUCGCCAGGUGAGGGAGGAGUACAAGAGAUGGUUCACCUGCAAACCCAAGUCCCACGUUUCCGACGUCUCCAUGUCUACUUUAGCCACCAGCAGCAAAGCGGGCUGACGUUCUGGCCGGGAGGCAGGAGGUGCCGUCACGCCACAGAAGAAGGAAGAGCUUAUCGCAGAACUUGAAUCCGCCUU